UCAGUCAUUCAAGGCCGGCCCACUCUACCUGUUUGUUUGACGUGGACUUGUUUUCUUCAGGGAGUGGAAAAAGCAUUGAGCCUGCAGCAGGUGGAGCAUAAUAACUGCUGCGAGGCACUUCCUGGUUUCACUACCACGGUUUGUUUCAGCUUACAGGAGAAAGUCAUUGUAACAGUUAUGGGUGUGUUAACUCUUCGGCUUUUGGUAUGUGGCCAACUAAUAUUGUUUUCAUUGGUUGUGAAUAAUAUAACCGAUGCACAACAGAACAGUGAGUCACCAACAAAAGCUCCACCUCUGACUGCAACAGGAAACCAAACAAAGAACAAUGCUUCAGAUUCAUCCAGCACUUCAGCAUACAAUGGUAGUGCUUCAACUCAAAACAACUUGACAACCCAGGCGACUACUAUUGGCUUCAAUAGUACUGUGGGACCCACCCCAAGCAAUGAAACAGUCACAGGACCGGCAGUGCAGCCAAACUCAACAACAAACACUCAGACAACCCAAUCAGGCACAUCCUCAACAAUCAACAUCAAUUCAACAGCUGUCACUUCUACAGACAACAGCACUCGCAGUAACAAUGAAAGUGUUACAUCAAGCACUACACCAAUGACCAAACCAACAGCAUUUACUUCCACCUCUGUAAUUCAAAACAGCUCAACUUCUUCCAAUGAAUCUCAAACAGGUGGUGGCCUGAAUCAUUCAGAGAAAUCUCUGACCAUUUUAUUCAGCAUUCUGCUUGGUGUGAUAGUUCUGGUAAUUCUGGUGAACUUUAUGUACAAGUAUGGCAGAAGCAAAGAGAGAAGUAUCCAAUAUACUCACCGCCGUCUCCAGAAUGAAGAUACAGGUGAGCCGUUUGCAGUGUCAGAUGACACGCUGGUCAUUUCAGGAGGACUCUAUGAUGGCCCUCAGAUUUACAACCCCACCAUGACAGUGCAGAACGAUGAAGAGUACCAGACAGACAUACCUGGAUUUGCUUCCAGACCUUCUCAGAUCCGCUUAGAGUUUCUGAGAGAGGAUCAAGACAGAGCAUUUGACAACGAGACUUCCACCUUUCAGACAUUCCAUGCACAUGACCAAGAGCCUUAAGAUCUCAGAAACAAACCUCUUUUUAUUAAAAAAACAAACAAACAAAAAAACAACAACACUUUUUGAGCUGAAAAUGUUACUUUUACUUGAAGCUUCUAUGAAAAAAGGCUGUUUUUAAACUGCUAAAUAAAUCUUUUGAACUAGUGAAAUUACUGAACAUAACAGAAAAAAACACAAAUAUAAAUGUAAAUACAAAGAUUUGUAACCGCAACAACUAUACCAGGAACAAGAUUUUUGAUAAACAUUGUAAGGUACUGUAUAUUAACUGAAUAAUACUAUUAUGUAAAUUGAGUACUGAGAACUAAGAAUAAAUAAUAUAAAUAUUUCUGCUUGUUCAGUAGAAAUUGUAAUCAAUCAAAAGCAAUCAUAUGCACAUUUUUUUU